AGUUGCUGGCACGUCGACUACAGCAAAUGGAGGCGAAUGACGGGCUCACACAAGAGGAACGAGAUCGUCUGAUGGCAAUCGAAGCGCAGGACAAAGAACUAGCCAAAAUGCUGCAAGAUCGUGAGCGCUCCAAAGCAAAACGUGCCAAAGAAAAAGCGCGCCUACGCAAGCAUCAACAAAAGGACGGUGCGGGCAACACCACACUAUGCGGCUCAAAUGGCAGCUUUACGAAUGGACUGCAUUGUGGGCCACUACUGCCACUGCCACAGGACUGCCUCUCCUUUGGCAAACAUUCAACACACGCUGCGACAGCCUCGCAAACAGUCGCUGCCAACAGUUCACACACGAACGCGCAUCCAAGUGCCCAAAGUGGAAGCGUCCUGCACGAGGCAGUUGAGGAGGAGGACAUCAUUGACGUGGAGGCGUACUCGAAUCCCAUUGAUGUGCUGCAUAAUCAGCAGCAGCUGCAGCAGCGUCAACAACACAAUGGCACACUGACCAAUGGCAGUUUGACGCGUGAAGGUGGACGACGCAGCGUGAAUAGUCAACAGAAUGCUGGCGGUGGCCUCCACAACAAUGCUAUGCUUAAUCGCGUCGAUGAUGAUAUCUAUACGCUGCCAGUGGACAGUUGUCGGCCAGGUCAGCGACCCACUUCGCUAAAUAUUAGCGCGAAUGGAGAAGCGCAACUGUUGCAGCACAAUUCGAUGACCAGAUCAGAAAACUACUCCAUUGAUUCGCAUGAUUCACUCAACAGACAUGAACUAGCGCCACGCAUGAACUACUCGCAAUCGAGUACUUUUGGUAUAUAUAUAAAAGCUCAAGCCCCACACCGCCUUAUAUGCCGAUUCAAGGUACGCGCCGAUCAAAUUCAAGCGACGAUCGUAAAAAGAAGUCCAAGGACAAGUGUACGCAUCAAUGAAAUGUUCAGCAAUUAAGCGAAUUGCUCAUACAAAUACAUAUAUACAUAAAUGUGCAUAAAUACAAUGUACUAUAUAUCUACUUACCUACAUAUCUUGGUAUGGAAGUGAAACUACGAAAAUAUUAUUUAUACAUAUAUUUAUUAGUAUAUAGCAGCAUCUAAUCAUCGUUUUUCAUACUAAUUUAAUUUCCUCUACAUGUAUAAAUUUUACAAAAAGCUUACAAAGCACACAUAUUUUCGAGUGU